CAAUGAUGUGGGCCUUGGGCGCGUGGGUGUACAGCGCGGCGUGGUGUAGCCUUCCCUUCCUUGGCUGGAACCAGUACGUCCUUGAGGGAUUCCUAACAAGCUGCACCUUCGACUACCUGAGCGGCGACGCGUGGAGUCGAUCCUACGUCGUGGCCCUGUUCCUGGCAGCCUACAUCGUCCCCCUCGCCGUCAUCGCCUGCUGCUACGUCCACAUCGUGAUCUCCGUGAAUCGCCACGACGAGGACAUCCUUAACCACGAGCGGGCGCAGGGAGAGGGCGUCAAGUACACCAACUUGCAGCGGCGAGAAGCUCAGCUGGCCAGAGUGGUGUUCACGUCGGUUUUCUUCUGGGCUCUGGCUUGGACGCCCUACGCUGUGAUUUCCAUGCUGGGCGUGUUCUCGUGGCACAGCGCCCUCACGCCGCUGGCCACGAUGCUGCCCGCCCUCUUCGCCAAACUCUCUACGGUCUACAACCCCUUUAUCUACGCCGUCUCCCACCCUCGGUAUCGGCAGGAGCUGGGUCGUCGCCUCCCGUGGCUGUGCUGUGUGUUGCCUUCGCCUGCCGCGGCUCCCACCUCAUCUCUCAGGUCCUCGACCAGGUCUGACGUGUCUACUAUGCCAUUCCUCUCACGCUCGUCCUCCGUCGUGUCCUCCAGCAGGAAUGAGAAGGCCCAGGCAGACCUCCCUAGCCCAACGACGUUAAUGCAUGACAUGGCUCCCCCACCGUAUCCCGGUCCCUGCGCACGUCCCUUCCCUCCAUGAGCGGGCGCGACGUGGCGUUGGCAACGCGAGGAGACUAGACUAGAGACCUUGUCAAGACUUCAGCG